AUGGGAGAGAAGUUAAUGUCUAUGGGAGCAUGGGGUGGUAGUAGGGAUGCGAGCAGUGUGUGUGGGAUUGGACGGCCAGUUGCAUUAGGAAAGCAGCUAGAGAGUAUUGGGAGUUUCACGAGGCCACCAUGGUGGGCACCGAGGGGAGUGCAAGAUGAUGAAGAGAAGCGGACGAACAGGGAAAAGAAUAAGGUGGCAAAAAAUGAGGCAAAGUUGGCAGUCUCGAUGGCUAAAAUGACAGCUUUUGAACGCCUUUAUACAGAACUAGAGGACAGAGGGUGGAUGAAAUGGAGACUAGCCUCCGGAGUGUUGUGUGAUAAUAAAGUGCCACUAAAACUUAAAGGCAAGUUCUACAAAGUGGUGGUUAGACCGAUUUUAUUGUACAGGGCAGAGUAUUGGAGGGAGAGAAUUAGGAAUAAAGAUAUCCAAGACAAGGUGGGAGUGGCAUCGGUGGAGGAAAAGAUGCGGGAAGUGAGACUAAGGUGGUUUGGGCAUGUGAAGAUGAGAGACAAUGAUGCUUCAGUGCGGCGGUGUGAGAGGCUAGCUAUAGACGGUUUUAGGAGAGGCAAAGAGAGGCCGAAGAAGUAUUGGGGAGAAUUAAUUAGACAGGAUAUGGCACAGUCUCAGCUCACCGAAGACAUGACCUUAGAUAGAAGGUUGUGGAGGAAUAAGAUUAGGAUAAUAGGCUAG